CCAAUCUCCCUUUAACCAUCGAUACCUUUCGAUCAGUCUCCAAAAACCAAAGCAAGCAAGCAAGCAACCUUAUGGUGAUGGAAGUUGAAAUACCACAAAUGACAAGAUGGGAAGGCUAUGUUGAUUGGAGGAACAAGCCUGCUCUUAGAGAUCGCCAUGGAGGCAUGCUUGCAGCAUCUUUUGUUCUUGUUGUGGAGAUAUUGGAGAAUCUAGCUUAUUUGGCUAAUGCAAGCAAUUUGGUUUUAUAUCUCAAAGAAUAUAUGCAUAUGUCUCCUUCUAAAUCAGCUAACAAUGUCACAAAUUUUAUGGGAACAUCAUUUCUUCUUGCUCUACUUGGUGGUUUCUUGUCGGAUGCAUUUUUCACCACUUAUCAUGUUUACUUGAUAAGUGCUGUUAUUGAGCUCAUAGGUCUAAUUGUACUCACAAUACAAGCUCAUUUACCAUCACUAAAACCAACAAAAUGUAAUGGAUCAACACCAUGUGAUGAAGUUAAUGGUGGAAAAAAAGCAAUGUUAUUUGCUGGUCUCUAUCUUGUAGCUCUUGGAGUUGGAGGAAUAAAAGGAUCGCUUCCGGUUCACGGCGGUGAGCAAUUCGACGAAUCAACACCAAAUGGAAGGAAACAAAGAUCAACAUUCUUCAACUACUUUGUGUUCUGUUUGUCUUGUGGUGCUCUUAUUGCAGUUACUUUUGUUGUUUGGGUUGAAGAUAAUAAAGGUUGGGAAUGGGGUUUUGCAAUAUCUACUAUUAGUAUCUUUUUGUCUAUUCCUGUUUUCUUGGCUGGUUCAACUACUUACAGGAAUAAGGUACCUUCUGGAAGUCCUCUUACAACCAUUUUAAAGGUACUUGUUGCUGCAUCACUAAGCACUUGCACAAACAAAAACUCAAGCAAUGCAGUUGUAAACAUGUCAUCAAGCCCUUCAAAUCCAAACACACAAACAAAACAAUCAGAACAAGAACAAACCACAAAACCAACCACAUCAUCUCAAACACCAACAGAAUCCUUAAAAUUCCUCAACAAAGCACUCACAAACAAACCAAUCCAUUCAUCACUACAAUGCACAAUCCAACAACUAGAAGAUGUCAAAAUAAUCCUCAAAAUUCUCCCGAUUUUCGCCUGCACAAUAAUGCUCAACGCUUGCUUAGCUCAACUCUCAACAUUCUCGGUCGAACAAGCUGCAACAAUGAACACAACCCUUUUCUCCAAAUUCAAAGUUCCUCCGGCUUCAUUACCGGUUUUCCCGGUACUCUUUCUAAUAAUCCUAGCACCAAUUUAUGAUCACAUUAUAAUCCCUUAUGCAAGAAAAGUUACAAAAUCAGAAACAGGAAUAACUCAUCUCCAAAGAAUCGGAAUCGGAUUAAUACUCUCAAUAGUCGCAAUGGCAGUGGCCGCAAUCGUCGAAAUCAAAAGACGAAAAAUAGCUUCACACUCAACUGCAACAAAAAAUCCAUUACCUAUUUCAUUUCUUUGGAUAGCAUUUCAAUAUUUGUUUCUUGGUUCAGCUGAUCUUUUCACUUUAGCUGGAUUAUUGGAGUUUUUCUUCUCAGAAGCACCUUCAAGUAUGAGAUCAUUAGCAACAUCACUUUCUUGGGCUUCUUUGGCAAUGGGAUAUUAUCUUAGUUCAGUGAUUGUUUCUAUAGUGAAUAGUGUUACUGGUAAUGGUAGUCAUAAAUCAUGGUUAAGUGGGUCUAACCUUGAUAAUUAUCAUUUGGAGAGAUUCUAUUGGUUAAUGUGUGUGCUUAGUGGGUUGAAUUUUCUUCAUUAUAUGUAUUGGGCUGCUAAGUACAAAUAUAGAGGGAGAGGGAGUGCUAAUGAAUGAAGAAAAUGAAGAAAAAUUGAGCAUGUACUUAAUUGGAUAAAGUGUUUAUUCGAUUGCAGGUCUGAGCCGGUUUUUAAAAAACUGAUUGGUUGAUCGAAUUUUUUAUUUGUCAAUCUUAGGAAGCAAUUGUGUAUGCGACCGCAAUAUCAACAUUGACUCCAAUAGAAUUUAAUUGGUGUACACUGUUGAUAUAAAAUAUUAUGUAAAUGCAUCUGAUAACAUCUUGUUAUUAUGUUACUAUAUAUUUUAAUUUAAAAUAUCUUUUGAGUUAUUGGUGUGAUGAGAUGUGAUUGGAUGCCAGUGUAAAUGUAUUUUACACUGAGAGAGAAUAUCGAUUAAAAUGGUACAUGUAUUAAAUCCUACUACAAUAUGUAGAAUAACAAAAAAAGGAAAGAAAAAAAGAAAAAAACUACAUUACUUAUAAUCAUUGUAGAUCUUUUGUAUAGUGAGAGCUGAUGGUUUGUUUUGAA